GCUCUUGUUGGUCUCUCUGUAGCAGCUGUGGUCCUUCUUGCCUUCAUCAUCACUCUGUGUGUCCUCUGCUAUCUGUUUGUCACCACCAAGCCCAGAGGUCUGGACAAUGGCUUGCCUCUUCAAGCACCAGAACCAUGCAGUCCACUAGCAACCAAGGGCAGCCACAGCAGUGCCCCUGCAGGUCCCCAGGGUCUCAAGAAACAUUUUGUGAGAGGAAGGCUAGACUGUGACAAUCAGCAGCCAGACCCUGACCGCCUUUUCCAGCGCUGUUUCAUGGCAACUGUUACUUCUGUCAAUGUGGAGAGCCACGCGUAGGAGAGACAUCCAUUAAGCUUUUUGUUUAGCUUUAAUUUGUAUAUAUGCAUUCAGCACCAAUGUUUAACUAUCAUAAGUGACUGUUGUGUGUUUUCGAAUUAAAGGCCCAGCAUUCUCUUAAAAAAUGCCUUCUGCUGCCUGAUGUAGAUGUAGACAAAUGUAUUGUGACUUACAGCCACACCAAAUCGGUAAAAUUUACAGAAUUACAACCAUUUUUGUGCUCUCUAAGAUCACCUGGUUGUAGUGGCCAUCUUAAAUUGGAUUAACUCAAAGUUAAUCAGCUGUAGUUGUGCAUCCAAUGAUUAUUUUAUGAGAGCUUUAAUACAGUUCAUCCAAUCGUACAUAAAAUAUUUUGCUUAAGCUACAAUCAAAUGACUGCACACAUACAAUAUCAUGGCGGGCAAUAUCAAUAAAUGACGUAAUAAGUAUUUUUUGACAAUCUAAAUUGUACUUUGUCUUUUUUUGUGCCAUCAGUGCCUAUAGACUUUCUGUUAUUACAGAUACAGAUUUAAAUGAAAUAUACCCCUAAAAACAGCUGAAUAACUUUUUGUCUUAGCACCUAAAAUGUAAAGGAAUGGAGAAACAGUGAAUUGUGGGGUUUAUAGGAGCAGAUAUGCUGCUGGGAAAUAAAGGUGGACCUUUUGACUGGUGUGUUUUCUUGCCUUGGGUUUUUGUGCUUACUCAACAUAGUUCAAUGAUUAUUCAACAUUUAAAACAACUGAUCAGUUUCAACUUGUCAUGGCUGAAUUUCAGAAGAAAAGAGUAAAAGUUAAUAAAAGAAAAAUGCCAAUCACUCAUUUUUUCUAUUAGUUUGAUGCAUAAUUUAAGGUUGCAUCUCAACAGAGCUGCUAUGUUUGGACUCCUGCAUGACUUUCCUCUGACAGAAAACAGAACCUGGUCUAAAAACCAUAAGAUGAUAAAGAAUGAGUUUUGAAAAACUGGUUUAAAACUGCCUGUCAUUAUUUCAAAGGUGAACUCCAGCAGAUUAAAUCAUAAAAGCACCAAGAUGGACACAAAAUGGGCAUCCAAAUAAUGUGCAUGAAAAAAAAAAAGAUUUUAAAGAUGUGCACAAAAUCUGGGCCAUGAUUAAACUGGACACUCAAACUUUCAGCCAUAUGGUUUCUGGUCACUUGGUCUCAAGCACUCCAAAUUCAGUAGACAGUACUAAAAAAAUCAAGUAUUUUCUCACAAUUUUCCUACAACGUUUAGUUAUAGGAAAGCUUGUCCCUCAUCAGUCACAGCUGAGUGAGAUGCUCUCUUAGGCUUUCAGAUGAACAGAUUUUCUUAGAUGGUAGAAACCUGGGAGUAAUUUGUGUCGGAACUGAAGUUUGAUUGACUCUAAUUUGAAAGACCAAUCUCCAAAAAGGAUGCAACAAUGGAAGAAGAUGGUGGAGGGAAUAUUGGUCACAGCAUUACCUAAAAAAAAGAAAGAAGAACAGCUUAGUUUAUGAUUGAAUUGUGAUUGAUUGAGUUGUGCUUCUGGUAUUUUUGCUGAAAACUGUCCAAAACCACUAAAUAUGACCCGAAAAAUGUUUUAGCUGGUGUUUGACUUGGUGAUUGACUUCUCUAGUGGCACUCUGUGUUUCUUGGUGGUUUGUCUCUUUAACUAUUGGAUGAAUAAAAAACUGAUUAGUUUAAAAUAUAUUUAUGUUUGUUCAUAUCUUCAUUAAUGUAUUUUGUAUCUUGUGCUAAAUUACCAGUCAACAUGCUAAAGAUGAUGGCACUACAGCAUGGUCUUUGUGAGCAACUAAACUGUUAGCAUUUAGCUCAGAACGUGUUCUGUGUGUUUUCU